ACGCCAUCAGUGAUGCUGGCAACAAUGACAAAUAAAAGCUGUGCCUUUGAAUUUCCAACUGACAAACCUAGCUGCUCUUCCUGCGUGAUAAUAACCCUGGUGGUGAUACUCUCCACGCGCAUCCCACCGACGAUUUCAUGGUCGCGCGAAAUUUGCAUCGAAACAGUCUGAACCAGAGCAGCGUGGACGAUGGCCGCCGCUAAAGUUUUCCUGGUUUUCUUGGUGCUGGCCUUGGUCACCUGCCCGGCCCUGAGUCGCCGUCCGAGACCGGGUUUGAACGCGGACGCUGAGUUGACUAAAAAUUCCUCCAAGAUUGGCGGCGCGUCCGAGGACUUCAGUCUUGAGUCAGGCUUCUUUGGCACGCUCGGAUCCUUAGCGUCGUCGCUUUUCCGGUCCAUUUUCGGAGGAUCCGCCAGUCCCAGAGAGGGUGGCGGAUUUUUGUCCACUAUCGGAGGCUUGCUGUGCAACCUCCUGGGAGGAAUUUUAGGCUCGAUUUGCGCCUCUAAUCCGGAUGGAACUGAUAGCAUGGACGUGCCUGUCAAUCUCACCUACGGAGAGUUGAAGGAGGCCGCGGAUAUAAUCAGAAAAAAUAUUUCUCUUAAUACUAUUGAUUGAAAUUUUCAAAAUAAAAAUCAGACCAGAAAAUGCUUGUUUUAAUUACUCUACAGACCUUAUUAUUUUAUAAAAAUUGGUCAAUAAACAUUCUAAAAUUUCGCCAUGGGGAAUCCAGCAUCACCAGUCACCUUGAUGACGUGACCAGCGUCACUUUUCCGCUCCACAUUUUCCAUUUCCCAUUCGAAUCGAAGCUCCCAUGUUACCAUGCGAAUGUCAAAUAAUAAUGGUUGCUCCCACAAGGUAUGCUUGGUGAUUCUUUUGCUAGUGCUUAUUGGUGCCUGGGGAAAUCCAGCCAAGAAGAAGAAUGCACAAAAGAAAAUGGCAACAACUCGACCACCGUUUAAGUUAUUCCAACAAAUCGGUCAGAUUUUCAAUCCAAUCACGUGGCUUCAACAGCAAGAAAAACUGAUAUCGAAAAUGGUGGCUGAUUAUCCGGACGACGAGUCAGUGGACAGUCCCCUCGUCGCGGAGUACAUCGACCCACAAACGGGUCGAAAGGUACGCUACACCACCGGCAGCACCAGCAUUGACAACACCGUGACCAGCUUUUUCGGCGCCCUCACGCAGAUCAUGGACAACAUGUUCAAAACGUUCGUCACGCCGGCCAUGAACGGGACGAUUUGGGACGACACGCCACGUCCGAACGGCAGCGGUGGCCUCUCCAAUUUCCUCAGCUCCUUCUUCUGCCAAAUUUUCCUGGGGCUGCUCAGCCCUAACUACAACGGCAACCGAUGCUCGAUUUACAAGAAUAGCACCGUGAACCCUAUUUCUGGUUGAACUUAUUACAAGCGCCAUCCAAUUUUACUGUUGCAUCAUCUCCCUCGGUUUAUCUAAUUAUAAUAAAAAUCGUGUAAUCGUCUGACAAUUGAUAUUUUACGUAUAUAUAAUUUUUAUUUAAUAUCUUACAUAAUUUUACUUUCUAAGAUCUCGUACAAUAGAUGAUAUAAGAGAAUUGGCUUUGUAAAACUAUAUAUAUAUAU